CCCGCUUUUGCAAACGAUAUAUAUAUAAGAACUCAUCAUCAGCGUUCAGAGUUGAUCAAAACCGCAUCGCCUAUCGACGCUUCAUCAUUUCGACUUACGAGUCUCCUGUGCAAGGUCAUUCUCUUCUUCAAUCACUCGAUACUAGUAUCUCCGAGAAUAGCGGCAGGAUGGGUUCUCAGCCAGAUUACAGCCUCCCCACGCAGGAGAUCUCAUUUUCCGGAUUCCUGUUUGACAUGGAUGGAACCAUUAUCGACUCUACCCCGGCUGUUGUCAAGCACUGGCAUAAUGUCGGUGAAGAAAUCGGCGUUGCUCCUGAGGUCAUCUUGGAGACGUCCCAUGGCCGCCGCAGUAUAGAUAUCCUAAAGAUCCUUGCCCCUGAGAAGGCCAACUGGGAAUAUGUGACAAAGAUGGAAGGCGAGCUGCCCAAGCUGUACGCCGAUGACGUCGUGGAGAUCCCCGGCGCCCGCCCUCUGCUCGAUUCCAUCAUUUCUUAUUCCUUCCCCUGGGCCAUCGUGACGUCCGGUACCCAGCCCCUAGUCAGAGGCUGGCUCAAGCGACUGUCCCUCGGCACACCUGAGCAUCUCGUCUCCGCCGAGUCCGUCGAGAACGGCAAACCCGACCCGACAUGCUAUCUCAUCGGCCUCGAGAAGCUCGGGCUGCAAGAUAAGGCCGGGGAAGUCCUUGUCCUCGAAGACAGCCCGGCAGGCAUCAAGGCCGGCAAGGCGGCGGGGUGCAAAGUCCUUGGGCUGGUGACGAGCCACACUGUGGAACAGGUUGUGGCGGCCGAGCCCGACUGGGUGGUGAAGGAUCUCGACAGCGUGAGGGUGGUGAGACAGGAGGACGGCAAGAUGACGCUUGAGUUCUCCAACGCGCUGCGCUUUUGAUUAGAACUUGGGGCAAUAGAAUCACAUACUUUGGGGCUUGAAAAAAGGAAGAUAUUCUAGAGGGCAACUUCAAGUCAGAUAUUCCAUAGAUUUUAAUUAAUAUUAUAGACACUCUAGCAUUCCGGGGAAACAAAAGCCCUUUGUGAGGGAAAAAGAAAAAAGGAAUGGAUCUCGGGGGAACACGUUGCGCGUGUUCAGAUCAGCCCUUUUGGCAGCUGAAGAAUUGAACGAAGUCGAUCCCACGGGCGUGGAGAUGAACAGGUCUCACAUCCUGUGCCUGGCCAGGCUUUGCUUCUCCCUAACCCUCCAGGUUCCACAAUUCGAUCGGCAAUGUCUUACCUUUGCAUCCCUCUUCUUUUUCAGUUUCCCUCCUUCUCGGGUUCACUGCUUUCUACAUUGUCGAAAACCCUCAGCGGGUUGUCAAGUAGCGCAAGUGCUCCCGUAACGUGAGACAACCCAUGGAGU